AUGGAAGACCCAGUCAAGGAAAUUCCGGCGGUGAUCCAUCUCCUCACACAAUCACCGCCCUCUCUACAACGCGCAACGAUUGAGAAGUACUUCACGCCAGAUGCCGCUUUCUCCCAUCCAUUCUGUCGAACAUGGAGCGGGCCAAACUCUCGAUGGCUGGUCGAUGCGACGUACCGUUGGUACAAGAUCAUGAGUCCGAGGAUUGAUCUGACGGUGCAGAGUGUGGCAUUCGACGAAGCGAACUUGACGCUCUAUGUGACAAUCUUCCAAAUCUUCCGCAUCUGGGCAGUGCCCUUUUACUACGCGCCGGUCCGUCUGACGACGGUUCUCAGCCUGCGCCACUCACCCUCGACGGGCAAAUACCUGAUUGAGAAACAAGACGAUCUUUACCAAGUAGAUCAAUGGAUACGCUUCAUUGCACCUGGGGGCUGGGUGCUGAUCUGGAUUUGGCAAGCUUGGGCUACCCUGUUUUGCGUGCUAGGCACAUGGCUGCUGUGGCCAGUAACAUGGGUCGAGGAGAACUGGGGUUGGGGCGAGGGUAUAGGUAUGGAGAGUGAUAGGGAGAUGAGAAAGGCUGGGAAGAAGGGCGAGAUUAGGAGUGAUGGGCUGACCAAGGACGAAGUGCUGCAGAUGACAACGUUGAGAGGCAAGUCGGACCGGUCCUCCCCAGUCGAGGGCGCUCAGUCCCCUUCACGGCAUCGCAACCCUACCACAGACGAUCCCCAAUAUCACUACGAUAGCCUCCAAGAAAAAGAAGUCGGUGUGGCUGCUAGUGGACCCCACAUUCGACGCAGGCCAUCCCGGACCACUUCGGGCACCAAAGGCUCCCCGCCCUCUUCCUCCCUGUCUUAUAGCGAGGAGCAAAACGAAGACGACAAGAAGAACAAAGCAGCCCGCACCACUCUCAAGAAACUUUCAAGACGCGACUCACACCAGGGUGAAUUGUCACCUACGCCGCGCGGCGGGCAAGAAGAGUUGGACGAAGAGGGAAGUACCGUGGGAUAUAUACCCAGACUCGGCCAAAUACGAGAGAAAAAGACCACCAUGCAAUCAAGACGUCGAGGGAGUUCCAUUGUCAGCUCUACAGGUCAGCCCAGAGCGCUUCGUCGGCGACACACAGAAGACAGUGCUGCAGGUCGCUCACGCGUACAACGUAAACAUAGCUCUCUCCACCACCACGGUGGAAAGCUCGCCGAGCUGUCCGAACCAUCAUCGGCCUCGAGCGUGUCACAGCAAUCAAGCAACUCUAGUGGAAGUAACUCGACGGUGACGCAGAAAUCCCGCGAGGACUACGGCUACCCAUACCAAUACGAGAUGGCUACGGAGAGGCAGAGUCCUACCAGUUCCAUGAUGGGUGCCGCUGAAUCAGAUGUCUUCAAAUACCUCCAGCCAGAUAAUGAUACCGAGAAUUCCACGCCUGCAUACUUGCAGGGCUUCGUUCCGUCGAUCAGUGCUCCUUCCUUUUUGCCCUCCCCGUCUCUGAAUGACUCCAAUCUGAGCGAUAAGCGCCCAUCCGCAGCAGGAACAGAUUCCAAUGGAUCAAAUAUCAGUUCACAAACAUUAGCACAAAAUUCCAGCCCAAUGGUAUCUCAGCUACCUCACCAAGAGUUUCGCAAGUUCAAAAAGCCGCUGUAUGCUAGCAGCUUUGUGCAUGGGCCUAGGGAUGAAGACGAAGAGACAGUCGCCCAGAGCGGAGAGAGUGAAGGCAGUUGUACGGAGAGUGAAGAAGAGGCAAAGCCCAGCAGUGAGUCGUCUGAUAAAAAGUCUAAAAAGGUUACAGAUAAGGUUUCUCCACACCGGGCACCAUCUACAUCAUCCCGCGGUAGCGACCUUCAUGCCAGACGUCUAAAGCAGCAGGAGCGAGAGCUAGCCAAUCACAUAUUGAAGAACCCCAAACCACAAAAGGGAUUCCAAUUCAAUGGAGGAACACCCGGUCAGGUCUAUCCACCUACGCCAAUGUACAGUCCACAGGUAUACGCUGGCGCAUCUCCAUCUGUUAUAAGUAAUGGUGCAGCAAACUCGCCACAGGUUUGGUCGCCUAUGCACACGUUUCCAGCCCCAUUGGCCAUUGGCUAUGCGCCACACCAAUCCCCAGAAGUCGCUCACGCAUACCCACACAGCCUGGUCAAACAGAUACCACAGCCCUUCUCACCUCAUCCAGCCCAAGCGCAACCUUAUCAGCAACACGGCCCGGCAUCUACUCAGACCAAGCCGGCUCUAACAGGCUAUGAGCUUCUGGCGAACGAACUUAGCGCGCCCGCACAAGGUGAGACAGCACGGAAAGUCAACCUUGUACCCGUGUACCGUAAGUUUGAGCACCUAAACCACCGGGUGUUGUUGCACCUACAAGAUGAGAUGAGCGAACUCGAAGAAGAGCUACGUACGCUGGACCGAUGCAUUGCGCAAAUGUCGCCCAAAGAUCCCUCCGGCCACGCGUAUCCUGCGUCUCGACGAAACGACGCGCGGUACGGCGGCGAGUCGCACUUUAAGAGAACCGAGCUGCUGGGUCGGAUAUUCCAGAAGCUGGAACAGUACAAUAAAGCUCUAUCCUCUUUCAGCGAUGUGACGAGCAAGCUCCGUCCAGCCGGGGAAGACGAUGUGGCGCGAUACCGCGAGUGGAUGGAUGAGCACGAGCCGAUUGAUUAUGCAGAGAGUCGCUUUUUGGAGUGCGCGUCUGACCUGGUCUCCGUGCCGCGCUCAGAGGCGGCGGCUACUACUUCUACUACUACGACGGCGACAAUGGCAGCGGCGGGCGAACAAGGGGCCGGGCAUCAUCAGUCAGCAGCCGUGUGGUUCCCGCUGAUAUUGGCGGUGCCUCUGCUGGCGUUUACUAUAGUGCCGAGCCUACUGGGGCGUCUGGUCGUUAUCGUGCUUAUCGUCGGUGUGGAACUCAAGAUCAUUUCUUCGGCGCCCGAGAUACAGCGUUUUUUGUCGCUUCAGGAGUGGAAGGCUGCAGCAUCGGUGUAA